CGCACAGGAAGUUCCACUGUCGCUGACUUCACGCAGCUUUUGCGACGACGAGUGCUGUGUUCAGAAAGACCCCAAACAAACAAACGAGUUUCGUCUGUCCUGUGAUCGUCGUGAACGCCAGAAAUUCGCCACAACAUCGGAUUAUAGGGAAGGGUAACAUUUACAUCGUCUGGUGUUGGUUUCGAUGCGCCAUUUACCGACAAAAACAACAUGGAUAGCGCGCUAGCAAACACAGAGGAGUCGGACUCGUAUGACCACCACCACCAUGCUGGCUUUUCUCCAGAUUCCCCCGAAUCCCCUCCUGGCUGUAAAAGUGAAAUCGGGUCGCCAAUACCAAGCCAACCGGCGACACCGGGUUUCAAUAACAACAAUAAUGAUGAAGAAGAACCGAUGAUGGCGGACACUACUAGGCCUGUGGUGGUAAAGCAGGAGCCAGAGGAGGACCGCGGAUACGAGAAGGAGUAUUCAGCAGCAGAAUCGGAGGAAGAGGAGGAGGAGGGGGAGGAGGACUUCCAGCCGCCUUCAUCGGUAUCCAGCAGCAUGGGCUUUUCGGAAGGAUCAUCCGAGGUUGAUGUGAAGGAGGAAGAGGAGGAAGAAGAGUUUCCUGAUGACGGUGAAAGUUCUGUAAAUGGGGAGAAAGCGGAGUGGAAUCCACCCGACCAAACUGGGGAAUCUGCGAACGAACAGGAAGAAGAAAAAACGAGCACGAAGAAAAAAGGAACAAGACGCAAAAAAGCUGAAAGAAAAGCAAAGAAGACGGCACGAAUAUUACAAACAUCUGACGAGGAUGAUGAUGCUGGUGGUGGUGGUGCUGAUGAUGCUGGUGGUGUUUUAACGGAGAAUCAGAAAAUUCGUCACCAAAGAGCAAAGAUACACCAGUGCACCGAAUGCGAGCGGGCCUUCGCGGCCAAGAAGGAUCUCCUCCGCCACCAACGGAUCCACACUGGCGAAAAACCUCACCUGUGCACCACCUGUGGCAAGUCAUUCAGCCGAAAGCAGCACCUCAUCCUACACCAACGCACUCACACCGGCGAGAGACCCUACCAGUGCAUGAUCUGCUUGAAGACUUUUGCCAAAAGCGAACAUCUCAUCGAGCACCAGCGAAUUCACUCUGGCGAAAAACCCCAUCAGUGUACGGUCUGUGGCAAGGCCUUCACUCACUUCAGCUCUCUGAGCAAACACAAGAGAAUUCACACUGGGGAGAAGAAGCACGAGUGCCCGACUUGUGGAAAGUUCUUCGCUGAGGCGUCACUUCUGAGGUACCACCAGCGAACCCACACAGGAGAGAAGCCGUACCAGUGCAUCGUGUGUGAGAAAGCAUUUGCGUACUUGCGCGAUUUGAACUCUCACGUGAGCAUGCACACGGGGGAAAAGCCGUUUCUGUGUGCCCUGUGUGGUAAGACCUUCACGAGGAAAGACCACCUGACGGAGCACCACCUGAAGAUGCACACCGAUUACAGACCAUUUCUCUGUGCCACUUGCGGACACAGUUUCACCUCCAACAUGGACCUGAAGAGGCACCAGAAGCUCCACACGGCUCCAAAGCCACACGAGUGCAGCGUGUGCGAAAAGGCGUUUAGACACGUCAGUGGACUCGAGAUGCACAUGAGAGUCCACACAGGGGACAAGCCGUUUGCAUGCCUGGUCUGCAGGAAGACGUUCGCGCGACAAAGCCACCUGGACAGACACAAGAGCACCCACACUGGCGAACGCCCCUUUCCGUGCACCUCGUGCGAAAAGGCAUUUCCGUGCAUCAGCGACCUCAAGGCACAUCAGAAAAUCCACAGUGGUGAAAAACCACAUCAGUGUGGCACAUGCGGAAAAGCUUUUGUGCUGAAAAGUGAUCUGAACCUCCACCAGAGGACCCACACAGGAGAAAAGCCUCACGUGUGUAAUACAUGUGGCAAGGCCUACAGCCGUAUGCAUCAUCUCAAGGAGCACCAGAGAGUCCAUACAGGCGAAAAACCUUAUCAAUGCAGUACAUGCCACAAAGCCUUUGCAGGACUGAGUAACCUGCAGAGACACGAGAGGACCCACUCCGGAGAGAAGCGCUACCAGUGCACGCUGUGUCAGAAGGCCUUCACGCGACUCAGCCAGCUGGAGAAGCACAAGAAGACGCAUACGGUCGAAAAGCCGCAUCAGUGCAGCUCGUGCGGGAAAUCGUUCAAGGACAAGCAAGCGCUCGCGAACCACCACCAGAAAGUCCACGCCGCCGCAGAGAAGCAACAGCCGUACGAGUACGCCUCGUGUGAGAAGGCUGCGAGUCAGAACCACCACCAUUUCAUCGACCACCAAGGUGCCUAUGCUGGUGAGCACCCGGGUCAGUGCGCCCCCACAGGCCCUCAAGACACUCAUUCUCACCCUCUCCCUUACGCUCACAUGGAUUAUCGUCAGCAAGGACACCCAGGGGAGAGGCCAUAUGAGUAUAGCGCAUGUGCACAUCCUUUUUCAUACUUUGCUGAUACUUUCAAUUACCACCAUCAGAGAGUGCACCCUCCUGCACAAAGGUACCAGUUUGCCUCAUGUGCAAAGGCUUUCAGCGGAGAAGACCCAGCCCAGGGUACCAUAGGUGGAAGGGCUUUUAAUCAAAACGACAAUCUCAACAAGCACCAACGUCCCCUCACUGAGCACCAAGGCAGUGGCAGCGGUGUAGCUCAAGGUCAGGGCACGACAGGUGGAAAGCCUUUCAUUCCAAAUGACCCUCUCAAGAACCAACGUAGCAGCCACACUGAACACCAAGGAAGCGGCACUGGUGAUGCCCCAGGAGGCCAGUGUAGUAGCACAGGCGAAAAAUCUAUCAGUCAAAAUGACCAGGCCACCAAACGCCAAGGAGCCGACACUGGUGACAGUCCACGUCAGGGCACUGCAGGUGGCCCAGUGUACGCACGGCACAGCUCUGACGAUGAGAUGGAUGCGGGUGAAGAUGAUGCAGACCAUGGUAGCACAGGCGGUGGCGAUAAAGAGGGAGAGGGAGAUGGGGAGGGGGAGAAGGAGACGGAGGAAACUAAAACGGAGCCCCGCUCUCCCGUCCAGGUGGAGGAGCGGCACCCUCACAUAUGCCGCACCUGCGGCAAGGGCUUUGCCGAAAAACUGGAGAUGAGGGAGCAUCAAAAGACCCACACGGGUGACAACCCCUAUCGGUGCACCACCUGCAACAAGGACUUUGCGUGCCCGCGCGACUUGAAAUCCCACCGAAGCACGCACACUGGAGAAAGGCCGUAUCUUUGCGCAACGUGCGGGAAAACGUUCACGAGAAAAGACCAUCUGCUGGAACACCACCACAGAGUGCACACCGGCGAAAAGCCUUUUGAAUGCGGCACGUGCGGAAACACCUACACGUACAAGCGAGACCUCAAGAAGCACGAGCGUGUCCACACCGGGGAAAAGCCGUUUCAGUGCAGCGUGUGCGGAAAGGCCUUCAGAGACAGCUGCGAUCUCAAGGCGCACCAGAGAAUUCACACAGGAGAGAGGCCGUACCGCUGCACCACUUGUGGGAAGACCUUCGCAUUCCAGGCCGCGUUCAAGAUGCACCAGAGAGUCCACACGGGGGAAAAACCUUACCUGUGUACCACAUGCGGCAAGGCCUUUGCGCAGCAGGGCAACCUGGAGACGCAUCAGAGGAUACACACAGGGGAGAAGCCCUACGAGUGCACCACGUGUGACAAGGCGUUCAUCAGCGCCGGCGACCUCAAGAACCACACCAGGAUUCACACCGGUGAAAAGCCGUACCAGUGCAGCACGUGUGGCAAGGCGUUCAGGUCCAGCGAUCACCUGAAGGGGCACCAGAGGAUCCAUACGGGGGAGAAGCCAUACACAUGCUCCACUUGUCACAAGGCCUUCGCUCUGCUCAGCAACCUGCAGCGGCACGAGAGGACCCACACGGGCGAGAAGAGGUACCAGUGCAGCGUCUGUGGAAAAGCGUUCACACGCACGUGCGAGCUCAAGAUGCACCAGAGCGUUCACACAGGAGAGAAACCGUUUCAGUGCACGUUGUGCAAGAUGGCCUUCGCACGACGCAGCCACCUGGUCAGACAUCAGAAAACACACGGCGGAGCAAAGCUACAUGCGUUCGAUGCACUGUGCGUAGGCUGCCUAACAAUCAUGGACUUCGCGUUUAUAAACUCGGAGGGUGCAUAUGAGCGCCAGAGCCCCUUUAAAGACCCCGGGGAGCGUGCUGGGUAUCCCCCGAGCUCCCCAGCAUCAGACUCGGCCACAAUAGUGGAGGUGAAAGUGGAAACAGACGAUGAGUGUGCAUACGGGAAUGGCUCUUCGGAAUCAGAAGCCGAGGAAGAAGAGGAGGAAGAGUUCCAUCCACCUCCUCCAUCUGUGUCCAGCAGCAGUGACGCUUCAGACGGAUCAUCAUCGGAGACAGCCUUGAAGGGAGAAGAGUUGCGGGGUGACUGCGAAAGUUCUCUGAUCGGGCCUGAUGCAGAAUUGAAAUCACCAAACAAAAAACCUGCGGGCGAAAGAAGAGGAAAAACAACUUCUGCAACAAAAGGCCGGCCUCGAAAAAAACAACAGACUAUUCAUCUCAGCAAAAGCCCAUACCAGUGUAGUACAUGUGGAAAGAGUUUUACUAGAAACGCUGAUCUCACUGAACACCACCGUGUCCACACUGGAGAAAAGCCGUAUCAAUGCUCCACAUGUGGAAAAGCCUUCACACGGAAACGAGACGUCAGGAGACACCAGUCAGUUCACUCUGAAGAAAAGCCAUACCAGUGCACGACAUGUGGGAAAGCAUUUAGUCGCAACUGCCACCUCCUUCAACACCAGCUGGCCCACGCUACAGAAAAACCAUUUGAGUGCAGCGCGUGUGGAAGUUGUUUUGUGCGCAUACACGAUCUAAAGAGACAUGAGCGCGCUCACACUGGGGAGAAGUCGUACCAGUGUCCGCACUCGUGUGGAAAGACUUUUACCCGCAAAGACCACGUCUUAAAGCACCAAAGAGCCCACCUCGCCCUUCACCAACCAACUGGCUCCGGCGAAAAGCCGUAUGAAUGUGCCAUCUGUGGAGAAGCCUUUGCACAGCCCUGCGUUCUAAGCAUGCACAUGAGAGUUCACAGUGGGGAAAAGCACCAUGUGUGUGGUACAUGUGGGAAGGGCUUUGUGUGCGCGAGUGACUUGAGGGUGCACGAAAGAACACACACAGGAGAGAAACCAUAUGAAUGCAGCAUAUGUGGUAAAGCUUUCACACGGCCAAAAGAUCUCAACAGGCAUCAGACCGUUCACACCGGAGAGAAGCCGUUUGAGUGCACCACAUGCCGCAAGGCCUUCACACGACGAAGCCACCUGGUCCGACAUGAGAAAACGCACUCUGCAGACAAAGCAACACUCGCAUGGUGAAGCAACCUGGUUAGAUAUGAGAAAAAGCACUCUUGUAACAGUAACGUAAUAACCCUGC